UCUAGUGUCACACAGCAAGUCUGUGGUCAAGCUGAGAUUCACACUCAGACAUUCUGGCCCCUUGACUGUCCAACAGAUUCUCUUUCACCUGAAUGGUCCAGAUGACAUCCUACCUAGAAUUAGAAAGAAGGGGGGAUGAGAUAGGGCCUUUGGGCUGGAGCCUCCUGGGACUAAUGGCACUGGUUGGUUUGCCAGGCCCAGACAUGUUCUGCCUUUUCCACGGGAAGAGAUACUCGCCUGGUGAGAGCUGGCACCCCUACCUGGAGCCACAAGGCCUGAUGUACUGCCUGCGCUGCACCUGUGCUGAGAACGCCCAUGUGAGUUGUUACCGCCUCCACUGCCCGCCUGUCCAUUGUCCCCAGCCUGUGACGGAGCCACAGCAGUGCUGUCCCAGGUGUGUGGAACCUCACACACCCUCUGGGCUCCGGGCACCCCCAAAGUCCUGCCAGCACAACGGGACCACGUACCAACACGGAGAGAUCUUCAGUGCCCAUGAGCUGUUCCCCUCCCGCCUGCCCAACCAGUGUGUCCUCUGCAGCUGCACCGAGGGCCAGAUCUACUGUGGCCUCACGACCUGCCCUGAACCAGGCUGCCCCGCACCCCUCCCGCUGCCUGACUCCUGCUGCCAGGCCUGCAAAGAGGGGGCAAGUGAGAAAUCAGCUGAAGAGGACACGGCACAGUCACACCGUGGGGUGAGACAUCCUCAGGACCCAUGUUCAGGUGACGGUGGGAGAAAGAGAGGCCCAGGCACCCCAGCCCCCACCGGCCCCAGCGCCCCUCUGGGCUUCAUCCCUCGCCACUUCCGACCAAAGGGGGCAGGCAGCACGACUGUCAAGAUUGUCCUGAAGGAGAAACAUAAGAAAGCCUGCGUGCAUGGCGGGAAGACGUACUCCCAUGGGGAGGUGUGGCACCCAGCCUUUCGCUCCUUCGGCCCCCUGCCCUGCAUCCUGUGCACCUGUCAGGAUGGCCGCCAGGACUGCCAGCGUGUGAACUGCCCCACCGAGUACCCCUGCCGUCAUCCUGAGAAAGUGGCUGGCAAGUGCUGCAAGAUUUGCCCAGAGGACAAGGCAGACCCUGGCCACAGUGAGAUCAGUUCCACCAGGUGUCCCAAGGCACCGGGCCGAGUCCUCGUCCACACAUCCGUGUCCCCCGGCCCAGACAACCUACAUCGCUUUGCCCUUGAGCACGAGGCCUCUGACCAGGUGGAGAUCUACCUCUGGAAGCUGGUGAAAGGAAUCUUCCACUUGAUUCAGAUCAAGAAAGUCAGGAAGCAAGACUUCCAGAGAGAGGCGCAGAACUUCCGGCUGCUCGCUGGCACCCACGAAGGUCACUGGAACGUCUUCCUAGCCCAGACCCCGGAGCUGAAGGUCACGGCCAGCCCAGACAAAGCGACCAAGACAUUAUAACAAAGACUUAAACAGUUGCAGAAAUGAGCUUUAUCUUUUUUGUUAUUAUAUAUUAAUAAAUAAGAAGUUGCAUUACCCCAACCCUGUCUGCUGUGUUCGUAUCCUGUCUCCUGCAUGCUCUCCCAGGGACUCUGCAGGGCAGGCCUGGUGAUGCCCAUUUCACAGGGUGCAGGCUGAGAUCUGAAGGGGCAGAGCCUGGCCCCAGUCUUCACAGUGAGUCGGCCCUGGACCAGUGAGCUCCCGCAGCCUCCCUCGCCCCAGGCCCUUGUCUGCAUAGUGCCCUUCUGCUGUCCCCAGACCCCCAACUGUGGCACGCCCUGCUUUUACAAACAGCCCCCUUCCCACAGCUCUUUGGCACUGAGACUGAUGACAGUUAGCCGGGGAAUGGAAAAUGGAGCCCCAAAGCCCUUUCCCGGCAAACAGUCCAGAGUCCUCACCACUGCUGGCCACAUUUACAAAGAGGAAACUGAGUGCAGGGAGGAGCAGCGAGCAGUCACUUGCCUGAAGCCAUGGAGCUGGUUGGUAGCAGAGCUGGAGUUAGAAGCCAGGUCUCUUGCUCGGGGCGAGCACUCCCUCCCCAGUUCCGUGCUGUGACUAAUGUUACAAGCCCAAAUAUCCUCACCCCAGAGGAUUUCCAAGACUUGCAGUCAAAUUGCCAAGCUGGCACCAUGCUUUGAGAAGAAGGCCUAACAGUUACAAUUAAAAACACCACCAAUAAUUUAUCCUGCCCAUGUGUACAAGUCCUUAGAAUUUCAGAGAUGCUUCAACGCCCAUGAUUUCGCUCAAGGUGAGCAGUGUAGGAAUUACCCACAUUUUAGAGAGGAGGAGACGGAGGCUCAGUGUUGGCAAAUGUCUUCCCCAAAGCCUCACAGUUAUGAGCUGUGAAGCUGGGUGGGGGCUCAGGCCUCCUGCCUCCCAGGCGGGCCCUCUCCCCAGCACAGCA